CGCAAUCGCAGAAAGUGAGUGUUGAUGUUGGAAAUUUUUGUCAUUUCGAACCCCCGGACAUUGCAGCGCCAAACAAGGCCCGACAUGACAGGCGAAAGAAAGCACGACAGUUGGCGGAGCGGUGGUGGCACUUUCUGGGCUGAAGGCAGGGGAGGGGGGCCCUGGCCUUCAUAUAACAAGAGAUGAAACUCUCUACCUCUCCUCGAAACACCACCAACAGCGCCAUCAGUGCCCCGCUCUACCAGAGAGAGGACGUCUUUCAUCGUCAUGCAAGCACAAGGCCCUCUCGCUCCAGUGCUGGAGCAGCAGCCGGGGGCAUCGGCCUCUCAAUCCCGUAGGCGCCACCGGGCUUCCAUCUCGAUGGGCAAGACCCACUUCAAGCUCGCCCCAGGACUUGUGCAGCCACCUACAUCGCCGCGCCAGCCCAGGACACCGUCGACGUCGACGCCAUGGUACCUCUCAUCUGUCGAUGAGGCAAGAGAACACACGGAAGCGGCAGACGUCUACCAUCGGCACUGGAGAUCCUGGGUCAACGGCGGCAGCAAAGCAGCAGCAACAGCAACAGCGACAGCAGCAGGGACCUCGUCGUCAUUUGACGAAGUGCCGCGUGAUGCAACGCUCCCCAUCAUGUCGCGACUUCCUCUGCGCCCUGGCGAAAUCGAUGACAUCGCAGCGAACCCCACUGGGGGUUUGGACCUCGACUACCUGCGUGUGGAUGACGACAGCGAGGUGCCGGGUACGCACACCGAGCGCGCGGUCGCCUCCGAAAAGGGUCUCACCUACACGCGGGCCCGCCUGCCCGUGCUCGAUGAAGAAGGCGUGAACCUCUGGAGGUCGCUGCACGCUCUUCGGCCUCUCAGCGAAGAUUAUGCGGACGGCUACGGACAGCAGGAGACGAAGUCAAAGGCUGCCAGAUCCAUCGCACCGCAUCCCAUCUCGGCCGACAUGGACGAAGCCCAGUGCCCUGCAUUUGCAGACUCGUCGAGCGCCUCGUCGGCUCAGGCGCUCGCCCUCGUCAGACGCAUGUUCAACUGGUCCUCCCUCCCGCAGCUGCCCUUGGACGACGAGCACACGUUCUACGGCGUCUGCUUCCGCUCGAAGCGUAGGCAUGGAUCCGAGAACACCACCUUUUACGAGGACGAUCGACGGGCACACGAAGAGGCCGUCGAUGCUGGCGGUCUGCUGAUGUACUGGUACGGCCGUCCAAAUGCGACGACGGGCCACAAUCUGGCCAUGUGCAUCUGGACCAGCCGUCAAGACGCCCUUCAGGCCAGUUCGCUACCCCUCCACGCCAGGGCUGCCGCCCACAGCCGAAAGGCCUACGAGAGCUUCGAGCUGCACCGCUUCGCCGUCCGCAAGGUCCGUGGCGAGUCGAAGCUCCGUCUAGAGGAAUGGCUCGAAUAGACGAAACACGUCCUCCUACAUGCUCUCACCAACGAGAGAGUCAAAGAGUGACCCGACAUUCUUCUCUAGAGCUACCAAUAUCCAAUGCAUUUUGUACUAUUAUUAUCAGCACAUAGGUCUCUCUCAAAUUUCAAUGUGAA